UUCCAAUCCUAUACAAUCAACUCUGUGCAUGGCUGACAUGUAGUAGCUACUUUAGUCCAAUUAAUUAUGUAUAAUUAUAUACAUGGAGACACGCAAUCAUAACGAACGGCCAAAGCCAAACUGAAGUCCCACGCCUUAUCUUAUCCCUUCAAUAAACUCCAAGCAACAUUUGAACACCAAGCAAACAGCCAAGACCCUAGUGAUCAUGGAAACGAAGAAAGCUGAAUUGGUAUUCGUCCCCUCUCCGGGGCUGAGCCACCUCGUCUCUACGGUGGAGAUGGCCAAGCUCCUCCUCCACCGCGAUAGCCACCUUUCCAUCACCGUACUCAUCAUGAAGCUUCCGACAGACAGUUCUGUCGAUGGUUACAUAGAAAACAUCUCCCCAGAUUCGCGUUUACGGUUCAUAAGCCUCCCAACUCAAGACGAUGCCUCUUUGUUCAAAAUGUUUGAUUUCAUUGACAAUCAAAUUACUCAUGUUAGAGACAUAGUCUCGAAUCUAAUCAAACAGCCAUCUCUGCCCGGUUCUCAGCUGGCAGGCCUUGUGCUCGACAUGUUCUGCACUAAAUUCAUACAAGUCGCCGACGAGUUCAACCUCCCGGCUUAUGUUUACUUCACUUCCGGUGCGGCUGCACUCGGCCUGUUUUACCAUCUCGUCUGGCUUAGAUUCGAGCAGAAUGAAGAUUUGUCAAAGUACAAAUCCUCCGACGUUGAAUUGUCUGUCCCAUGUUUCUCCAAUCCUGUUCCAGCAAAAGUAUUGCCUGCUGUUUUUGUAGAAGAAGGUCCCAUGUCCACUGUCUUCUUGAGCUACUUCAAGAGACUGACGGAGACGAAAGGGAUUAUCGUGAACACGUUCUACGAGCUUGAAUCCUAUGCGAUUGAAUCUCUACUAGCUGACACUAAGAAACCAAAAGUUUAUCCUGUAGGCCCUAUUAUGAAAUCGAGCUCUGAUCAGUCGUUUGAUGAAGAUAUCAAGAAAUGGCUGGAUGAUCAGCCCGAAAACUCGGUUGUUUUCUUGUGCUUUGGGACUAUGGGGAGUUUCGUGGAAGCCCAGGUGAAAGAAAUCGCGAUGGCACUGGAGAACAGUGGAAGCCGUUUCUUGUGGUCCUUAAGAAAGCCGGGACAGAAGGGAGUGAUGCAAUUGCCGACCGAGUAUGAAGAUUUUAAUGAAGUGCUACCAGAAGGGUUCUUGGAGAGGACUGAAGGGAUUGGGAAGGUGAUCGGAUGGGCGCCGCAGGUGGCCGUUCUGUCCCACCCAGCGGUGGGGGGAUUUGUGUCGCACUGUGGCUGGAACUCAACAUUGGAGAGCGUUUGGUUUGGCGUGCCGAUGGCUACGUUUCCAUUGUAUGCUGAGCAGCAGCUCAAUGCUUUUCAAUUGGUUAAGGAGCUGGGGAUGGCCGAGGCGAUCAGAAUAGACUACAAGAAGGACUUUCGAGGAGAGAAGCCGCCGGAAAUUGUGGGGGCCGAGGAGAUAGAGGCAGCGAUAAGACGGCUGAUGACGGAGGAGAGUGGAAGUGGGGUGAGGCAGAAGGUGAAGGAGAUGAAGGACAAAAGCAGGAUGGCUUUAAUGGAAGGUGGAUCUUCUUAUAAUGCUCAGAGUCUCUUCAUUGAAGAUGUUAUUAAAAACAUUGCUUAGGAAUUUAAACUUGCUCCCAAAAAAUUCUGUUGGAUCAAUUAGUCCAUUCAACAUAUGUCACGUGUUUAUACUUUUUUCCAAAUAAAAUAUAUAAGGUUAUUAUUACAUACAUAGUGUGUAAGUUGAACCAAGAAAAAAAUGAAAAAGAAGUUUGUAACAGAAAACUUACUUGCCUUUGUUGUAAUGAAUAGUGUAAUUCAA